AUGGAUUUAUUGACUCGUGGUAACAACGAAACAAAGUCAUAUUUGCAUGAAAAGAUGUGCGGUACACCAUCGUCCUCAUCUAACUGCUAUCGGAAUAAGACAAUCGCAACCCAACAGACGUGGCAUCUGCUUACAGCAGUCGAAGUAGGAGAUUCGGAGCAGCAGUCGUCGUCUACUCCAAUGGAUUACCAGGAACAAAUAGGUGAAACAACCUCUAAUGCUCAGACGAAAACUGAACCUGGAACGAUGAGUUCUAUUUAUUAUUUUGGUGCCGACAAUCAACUGUUAAAUUGCACUCCCAACACUGCUUCUAAAUGUUCUGGUCAGACACUUCAGCAGUUAAGCACAUCCAUGCAAGAUCUGCAACAGCAGGGAGAAGAUGUACAAGUCCGUUCAGCGUGUGCAUCGACAGUAUCACGUUUGUCAGCUGGGCAGGGAAAUUGCAUUUCGUACUCCACACAACAAAUAGCACCGAUAAGUGGAAUGCCAGCUCAUAAUUCUUCUGCAUCCAGCAGCAAUCAAAAUUCACUUGCUCAGAUAUUGUACAUGAGAAAUCAUAGACCACGGAUACAACCUCAUAUUCGACCCAAGGCAGUAAAAAUCAUUCAAUUCCAGCCAUCGGAUGUCGCAGCAAAUGUGAAAGAUUAUCCACCCGCGGCACCAGUACCAGAAGCAUGGUGUCAUGCCUAUUAUUAUGAACUUAAUCAACGAAUCGGUGAGCCUUUCAAAGGUGGUACUUCUCAUGUUAUUGUUGAUGGUUUCUGCGCACCAUCUGAAGCAGAAAGGUUCUGUUUGGGAGCUUUGGCUAAUGUUAAUAGAAAUCCUGGAGUUGUGAAUGCUAGACGUCAGAUUGGACGUGGUGUUAGGAUUUUUCGUCAGGAUGAAGAUGUUUAUGCAGAAUGUCUGAGUGAAGCACCAGUAUUCAUUCAAAGUCCCAUACAUGCUGUGAAAUCUCAUGACCAUCCGGCUACCGUUUAUAGACUGCCGUCAGGGCAUAUUAUGCAAGUUUUUGAUAACGAAUCAUUUGAAACUUUGUUAGCUCAGUCAACGAGCCAAGGCUUCCACGCCGUUUAUUCCCUACAGCGAAUGUGCCAUAUGCGAAUAAGUUUUGUGAAAGGUUGGGGUGAGCAGUACAAGCGACAGACAAUAACGUCAACACCCUGUUGGGUGGAAAUUCAUUUAGCCAUACCGUUACAAAAGCUUGAUCGUGUUCUGAGCCAGAUCCCAGGUCCUAAUGAUCCCAUUCACAGUUUUACAUAA